UUAAUCUUUCCUUCUUCAACCUGCAAUAUAAAACCAGUUUCCUAGUCUCCUAGCAGAACUGCAGUUCUUAUGCAAAUCAAACUCGUCACCAAAAAUCAUUAGCUACGAAUUUUCAUGUAUAUAAUGCUCAAAAAUUCUACAGUAGCAGUUUUAGAAGAAGAAGUUGAAAAUUUUCAAGAAAUUCAGUGGGAAAAAGAACGAUAGAUUAAGAUUUUCUUUAAAAUCUCAGCGAGUUAUUAUAUUGAUUCCGAAUUGAUUUCAGAAUGUGCACAACAACGGAAACCGAAGAGAUAAUGGCGGUGAAGCAAAUUCUACUCUCUCCUCCGCCAGCAACGGCGGCGGAGGAGGCGGAGAUUGAGCUAGCUAAAUGCGAGUGUUGCGGUUUGAUGGAGGAGUGUACGGCGGCGUACAUUGCUCGCGUGCGUGAGAGGUUCUGCGGUCGCUGGAUUUGCGGAUUGUGCGGCGAGGCGGUUAACGAUGAGAGUUGCAGAUCGGAGAAGGAUAUCGGAAUUGAAGAAGCGGUUGAAAAGCAUACGAAGUUUUGCCAGCAGUUUAAAGCUUGCGAGUGUUGCGGUUUGAUCGAGGAGUGUACGGCGGCGUACAUUGCUCGCGUUCGCGAGCGGUUCGGCGGUCGGUUUAUUUGCGGAUUAUGCGGCGAGGCGGUUAAGUAUGAGCGUUGCCGAUCGAAGAAGGAUAUUGGAAUUGAAGAGGCGGUUGAAAAGCAUAUGAAGUUUUGUCAGCAGUUUAAAUCUUCGGUCCCGACAGUGAAUUUGAUAUCGGCGGUGAAAGAUCUUCUCCGACGAAGCAUAGAUUCGCCGAGGAAGAUGAAGCAAUCAUCGUUGUCCACCUCAUUAUCGUUGUCAAAAGAGGUUUAGUUGGAAAAUUUAAUUAAAAAUUUAAGAUAAAAUUAGUUAUUUUUUUAUGUUAUAGUAUAGUUUUCAUUUUAAUCUUAAUUGAGCUUUAUAAACAAUUUUAAUAUAAAAUCUUUGUUUAA